AUGUCUGGUGAUCCCAUUCCCAAGCUUGCGGUUCUUAUCGACGCAGACAACGCGCGGCAUGCCACCAUAAGUCUCCUACUCGCAGAAGUCGCGAAAUAUGGCACAGCUCAUGUGAAGCGGGCAUAUGGGGACUGGACUAGUUCCAACAUGAAUGGCUGGAAGAACGAGCUCCUUAUUCAAUCGAUACAGCCAAUUCAGCAGUUCGCUUAUACCACUGGCAAAAAUUCGACUGACUCGGCAAUGAUAAUUGACGCAAUGGACCUUCUGUACACGAACCGGUUUGAUGGCUUUUGCAUCGUGUCUAGCGACAGUGACUAUACCCGGCUGGCCGCUCGUAUCCGCGAGUCUGGAAUGACCGUGUACGGAUUCGGGGAGCACAAGACGCCUAAGCCCUUCGUCUCUGCUUGCGAUAAAUUUAUUUAUAACGAAAACCUCGUGAACCUCGAGGAGCUGGUACCGCAUGCCGACAAUGGUGUCGCGCACAAACAUAACCCUCCAGUCCAGAAGCCCCUGGAUAGUGAGCACCUUAAAAACCAACUGCGAACGACGGUGGAAACAGCCUCCGAUGACGAUGGAUGGGCUAGACUCUGCACGGUCGGACAGCUCCUCACAACUCAAUACCCUGACUUUGACCCUCGUACCUACAGAUAUUCUAAGCUCAGUGAUCUAAUUAUUGCCUCGUCUUUGUUCGAGGUUGCCCGUCGACCCCAUCGACAAGGCUUGCCUUCGGAAUUUUGGGUACGCGAUAAACGUCGCCGAGAAAAAAAAAGCUGA